AAUGAAUACACCUCAUCCAUUGGAAUUGGAGUUUUUCAUUCAGGAAUUGAAGUAUAUGGCAGAGAAUUUGCUUAUGGUGGCCAUCCUUAUCCCUUUUCUGGAAUAUUUGAAAUUUCCCCAGGAAAUGCUUCUGAACUAGGAGAAACAUUUAAAUUUAAAGAAGCUGUUGUUUUAGGGAGCACUGACUUCCUAGAAGAUGAUAUAGAAAAAAUUGUAGAAGAGCUGGGAAAAGAAUACAAAGGGAAUGCCUAUCAUUUGAUGCAUAAAAACUGCAAUCACUUUUCUUCAGCUUUAUCAGAGAUUCUUUGUGGGAAAGAGAUUCCUCGCUGGAUCAAUCGGCUUGCCUACUUCAGCUCCUGUAUACCCUUUCUACAGAGUUGCCUCCCAAAGGAGUGGCUAACCCCCGCGGCCCUGCAGUCCAGCGUCAGCCAGGAGCUCCAGGAUGAACUAGAGGAGGCAGAGGACGCAGCGGCGUCUGCUUCCAUGGCGAGCACUACAGCAGGCCCCAGACCUGGGCGCCACACUAAGCUAUAAGUGUCCAAAGUCAUACCUUCAGAACUGUCUCUGCCGGUUGACUAUCACUAGAGAAAAGUAAAAGAUGAACGUCCUUGGAUAUUUUGUACGCAAAGAUGGCUCUCCCCCACUUCCCAGUUUUUCAGCUCAGGAUUAUAUUUGUAAUAAAAAAAAUCAUGUGGCA